AUGACCCCUGGGGAAGCCCUACUGCUGCUUCUCAUGUCCGCCUGCUCCAGCUCCUGUGUCCGCAGGAGCGGCCACUUUGAGGUGUUCUAUUGGACCCACCUGUCCUACCUCCCAUGUCUGCACGGGCCCAACUUCUGGAAGUAGCUGCUGGUCCCUGGCAUCUUGUUCUUCCUGGAGAAGGCCGUUGGCCUGGCCGCAUCCCUCAUGGAGGCCCUGUGCAUCGUGGAAGAUCUCCUCCCUUCCAAGGUCACUCAUCUCGUCAUCAAGAAGCCCCCUCCUUUCCACUACAGGCCUGGCGACUACUUGUAACUGAACAUCCCCACCGUCGCGCACCACAAGUGGCACCCCUUCACCAUCAGCAGCGCUCCCGAGCAGAAAGACACCAUCUGGCUACACACCCGGUCCCAGGGCCAGUGGAUAAACAGGCUGUAUGAGUCCUUCAAGAAAUCAGACCCAGUGGGCUAUGGUUCCGAGAGGCUCUCAAGGAUUAUCACGUGCCGUAAACAGAAGAUAACUCUGAAAGUCUCCGAGGUGUCCUCUGAGAACCACCAGUUCUGUAACAUCAAGUGCUACAUCGAUGGCCCUUACAGGACCCCCAACCGCAGGAUCUUCGCCUCCGAGCAUGCUAUGCUCAUCGGGGCAGGCGUCGGCAUCACCCCCUUUGCUUCCAUCCUGCAGAGCAUCUUGUACAGGCACCGGAACAGAACGCACAUCUGCCCCCACUGCCAGCACUCCGGGAGGGAGGGUUGUGUGCAGGAUGCUGACGUGAAGCUCCACAAGGUGGACUCCAUCUGGAUCAACCGAGACUAGCGGUCUUUCGAGUGGUUUGUGAGUCUGACCAGAGUGGAGAUGGACCAGGCCGAGGAGACUCAGGAGGGCCGUUUCCUGGAGCUGCGCAUGUAUAUGACCUCCGUGCUGGGCAAGAAUGACAUGAAGGCCAUUGGUUUGCAGAUGGCCCUCGAUCUCCAGGCCAAGAAGGAGAAGAAGGAUUCCAUCACGGGCCUCCAGACUCGCAGCCAGCCUGGGCGGCCAGAUUGGAACGAGGUGUUCCAGAAGUUAGCCACUGAGAAGAAGGGCAAGGUGCAGGUCUUCUUCUGUGGCUUCCCAGCUCUGGCCAAGGUGCUCAAGGACCAUUGUAAGCAGUUCGGCUUCAAGUUUUUCCAAGGGAACUUCUAGCCCUGCCUCUCCAAGCUCUGCCCAAACCCGCACUGCCCGCCAGCCGGAUCGGAUUGCUACCAGGGCCCUGCAGAGACCAGCCUCAGACGACCCAGAAAAUCCUGCUCACCGUGCAGAACAGGAGGCCCUAGGGGACCGAUGGACUUCCUUCAGAGCCCAGGGAGAAGGGCAGGGCCUUGUGCGGUGCUGCUGUGAGUUCUGGGAUUGCUGUGGGACUGGUCAGACUGGGGACGGGGGAUGGAGAUGACAUG